AUGGGUGUUUAAUAAAGCAAUAUAAAUGAAAACAUUCCUUUUUUGUCUAAUAUGAAAAUGAUCAUGGAUAAAGGAAAUUUUUAGAUUUAUGAGAAUGAUAAAAACCAAAAAUUUGAUUAUAAAGAAUUUAAAUCAACCUAAAAUUCAUUUUAAAAUGAGUUAGAGGUUGCUAGGGAAAUAUAAAACUAAAAUUUUACCGGAAUGGCUAAAAUUGAAGAUAUAAUUGUAUAAACAUGUGAAAAAUGGUUUACUAAAUAUUUUACUUUGUGCAUAUUAAUUGAACAUCCUAAAUAUUCCCUAAAAGAAUAUAAACAAAAAAAUGACAAAACUUUAUCAAAUUAAUAGAUAACUGAACUAUUAGUGUCUAUAACAUAAGCUUAGCACAUUUUAGGAGUGAAAAAAUAAUAUCUAAGUUUGGAUAAUAUAUUUACAAAUGAUGGAAACAUUUGGAAACUUCGGCCAUUUUUUGAAUCAGAAUCCUCAUAUUAUAAUUUGAUAAGAUUUAAAUCAUAGAAUAUUGUUAAUUUUUAAUUGGAUGGUUUCCCUGCUCCUGAAGAAUUCUUUGGUUAUAUUUGUGACACUGAUAGAGUUCAAGUUUUUAAUCUUGGUAUGAUUAUUUUAGAAUUGAUAACAAGUAUAAAGGAUUUUAUUUUGUAGAACAAAAAAGCAAUGAUAUUUAUAAGGAAUAUAAGGUAGAUGAAACACUUCUAUAAUAAAGAAUUUAAUCAAUGUUGAAGUUAAAAAGUCAAUUCUGUGGAAAUUUUAUUGAUAUCAUAAUUGAAAUGCUUGAUACAGAUUCAGUUAGAAGACCCAAUUUUGAAUAAUUAUUAAAAAAAUUGAAAUCGCCUUCUUCAUAGAUAGUUUAUCUUUAAACUAAAAUUAACUUUGUAAAAGAGAUUCCUAAAUUAAAUCUACUUGAUUCAAUUAAUUUAUUUGAAGAUAGUACCUUAAAUAAAUAUGAUGAAGCUAAAUUAAGUAAAGCUUUAUAAUAAGCUAAAAUUGAAAUUUCAGAUUAUAUUAUGAAAACUAGAUAAGAAUUAUAAAAUAUUAAAAAUGCAUAAACUAAAUUAGAUAAAAAUGGAUAAAAAUAUCAUGGUUAGAUUGUAAAUAAUCUAUAUGAAGGAAAAGGUAGAUAUUUAUCUUAAAUAGGUCAUCUCUUUUCUAAAUCAGGAGAUUUAAUUUAUGAAGGGGAAUUUUCGAAAGGAUAUUUUCAUGGUUGGGGAGUUGAGUACCAUUAGAAUUCAAUUUAGUUGGAGAAAAGUUAUAACUUUGAAGUAUGCUAAGAUAUUAUGGAAUAUUUUAAAAAAUAUGAAGGUUGUUAUUAAUUUGGAAAGUAUUAAAAUCUUUAAUUUUAAGGAAAUCUGGAGUAGGUAGAUUAAUAUUAACAAAUGGAGAAAUAUUUUGUGGAGAAUUUAGAAAUGAUUAAAUAAAUGGUUUUGGGGAAUUCUAGAAUAAAUCAAAUAAUAUAAUUAUUGGGAUUUGGAAUAAUGGUUUAAUAAAAUCUAAUUCAGGAUUAAAAAAUGACUUAAUCUCAUUUAGAUCUGAUGAGUUCUAAAAUCAAACUGAAUAAUUAUAAAAUCAGAUUUAGUCUAAUUAAUAAUAAAAUUAAGGAGAUUAAAAAGUAGACAAACCAGAAAAAUAAUUUAAUGGAAUAAGCAAACUUGAAUCUUGCAGAAGCUUUUUGGAACAAUCUACUAAUAAUCACUUACAAUAUUUUAAUCAGAAAUUAUCAUAAAAUAGAAAAGAUCAUAAAAUCUAUUAUGAUGAUGCUAAUACAAUAUUAAAGUACGAAGGAUAACUUUUUACUGGAUAAAUGCAUGGAAGAGGCACUUUAUAUUUUAAGAAUGGAACUAUUCAAUAUGAAGGAGAUUUUGUUAAUGGGAAAUAUGAAGGAUAUGGAAUCUUAAAAAAUGAGAAUCCAAAGAUUGAAAUGAAUAUUAAUUAUAAUGAUUUAAGAGAUGUUAAUAUAAAGGGAUGGUGGGAAUAAUAUUAAGGAACUUUUUCAAAAGGAGAGUAAGUGUUUUAAUUAAUUAUAAUAGGAAACAAGGGUAAGGAUAUUGGCAUUUAACUGAUAAUUCAGUGUUACUAGGUAUGUUUGAGAAAGAUGAAGUACAUGGAGAUGGUUACUUAAAAAGACCUAAGAAAGAAGAUUUUUAUGCAUAAUGGGAAAAUGGAAUACUUCAUAAAGUAUUACAAGGCAAAUUAUGA